GGCACAGGAAAUGAAGCGCAGUGGGAGGAAGUAACGUCAUUAAAUAUGUGACGUCACUGCAUAUUUAAGUAAAAAUGGCGUCCGUGACAACAGCCACAUCAGAGUGGAUCCAGUUUUUCAAGGAUGCUGGCAUCCCGGCUGGCCUGGCCGUCACCUAUGCAGUCUCCUUUGUGGACAACAGAAUUCAGAAGAACAUGCUGAUGGACCUGAGCAAGGACAUCAUGAUGGACCUCGGCAUCACAGUUGUCGGGGACAUAAUUGCCAUUCUCAAACACGCCAAGCUGGUCCACAGGCAGGAUAUGUGCAAAAUGGCCACCGAAGCCAUCUCCUCAGGACAGACCAGCGUGAAAGCAGAGCUCAGAAGAACCGCCAACACACCCACCCGUAUGAUUGCCAACGCCUUGAGCCACGACUCCCCACCAGCCACUCCUGUACGUCGUCCCGACAACCGCCUCUCUGUUACAGUGUCCAACGUGCAAGCAAGCAAGGGUAACAAAGCAGCGAUCAGUCAGCCGGCAAAAGAAGGGAACGGAUUGUCAUCCGCGAAGCAACGGCGCGUCACAGCGGAGAUGGAAGGCAAGUACAUCAUCAACAUGCCCAAAGGCACCACGCCACGCACACGGCGCAUCCUGGCCCAGCAGGCCAAAAAAGGUUUGAAGAGGACCUCGGUGUUCGCGAGACUUGGAGCUGAAUCAAAGGCAGAAGCGGCAGCCAGCACUAACAAGCCCACUGGCGUCUUCAGCCGUCUGGACCAAGCAGACGAAGCGAGGGCGGAGCCAAGGUUGGGGAAGAUGGCAGCGACAGAACGGGAGGAUGACAGCGACGGUGAAGGCUCCGUCCUCCAGUAUGCCGGUGUGCUGAAAAAGCCUCUGCUCUCGCAGAGAAUUGAGCCCCCUAAAAAGCCGGCUCCCACCACCCUGCGGCGCCUAGGUGGCAAACUCAAACGACCGCUGCCCGACACGCCCACUCCUUCCUCCAACGGCAUCCCCCCAGCUAAAUUCAGCGUUCUUCAGAGACUGGGUAAGCUCCAGCGAGUCGCAGUCUCCUCUUCCGCGGUGUCCCUCCCGUCCGCUGACACGCAGGACAACAGAGUGACGAGCACUCGACCAAGGGCCAGGCAGAAAGGGAGCGUGGCCAGGUGUAAAGUCAGCAGCAGUACCGGAGCAAGAGCAGUAGCAGCAGCGGCAGCGGCCGGCACCGGAUCGUUGGACUGUGCGGGCGCCCAGAUGGACUGCAAGGCUGUCAGUGUUUUUAAGAGGUUGGGAAGCAAAAACAAAUAAUUCACAUCCCAAAAUGUGCAAAAAGGACUGCAAAUUGAUCAAAAAUUGUAUCGAAGGUUUUUUGUUUUCUUGUGCAGAAACUGACACACUCUGGUAUUUUUGAUGUUUUACAUUUUACAGUGCCACACACAAAAAAAAAGAAAUUGAACCACAUAUGCCAUUUUUCAGACUUGCGUAUUUAAGCAUAAGAAAUUACAAGGCAUGAGCAUUGCAUGGACUGAACUGCUAGAAUAGUUUUAAUAAUUCACCUUUGAAGGAUGCUGUGCCCCAAACCCCCUCUUUACAGUAUUUAUAUGCCUCCUGAACAUAUCAAUCGUUGCGAUUAAGUCAUUUCUCACUAGCUUGGCUGUUUUAUUUCAGAGUUGGCGAAAUCUACAUUGAUUCACAUACAGUUAAAGCCAUGGGAAAGCAUUUGAAGCCGGCAUAUCCCACCGUUUCUGAUACCUCUGAUUUUCUACCACAUUAGGCAGCAUGAGUUGUUGGAGGGGGGAAACAGCUAUGUAUAGUUUUGGUAGAUGUGAUCUCACACCGCACAGAUCCUGUGCUGCGUAUUUUUCUAUUAAUCUAUAGGAACUGACCGUACUGUGGGUCUAUCCCUCCCCUGACCCUUGUCUAAUGGUGUCCUAACACCUGUAUGUCUUUUUAGACUUCACACUUGAACUUUGUUACUCAAUUCUGUAAAUAUUUUAAGUGUUUUGCAACUUUUAUUGUCUCCGUAAACAGGAAAUGUUUGAAAGUAAAAACGGAAGGUGUGCCUCUUAAAAGUAUUAAAAGGAAGGGUCCAGAUAUCUCUAUAUAUGCUGUCUUUAUUUUAAUCAUGCUAGCCAAAUAGCCCAGAUCUUUUAGAUUUACUCGGUGAACGUUCAUGACAAAAGUUGGAUACGUAAUUUUCCAACAAAGGAUGCACACCUCUGAUGCAUGCAAUUUUACAUGCAGACUGCAUGGUGCCCUGCAGUUUAGAAGUUACGUCAUACUUUGAGUCUGUGUACGAUUGACUUCAUGUCCACUAGAGAUCGCUCUCUCCUUCUGCAAACCUCCCCUGCGGUCGUUGAAACCUCAGCGAUGAAGUCAUCCGUAAUUCUGAACUGCAGUGAAACCUUAGUUCACCUCUACUGCGUGUAAUCUAGUUUUGUGAGAAGAAAUGGUACCAAAAUCCAAGGCCAAGUCUUUGCAAAUCAUUGUUUACAUUGAUCGUCUUUUGAUAAGAAGUAACGGCAACGUGGACAUGUACAUUAUGGGUUCAAUUUCUUUGUUUUGAUUUUUUUCUUUGCAUGAUAUUUUUGAGGCUGCAGUCACUUGCGACCUAAUCUGAUGCAGUAUUAUAUCGUAAGGCAACAACACCACUUUGCCAAACUGCAUCUGUCACCGUCAAUUUACUACAGAGGAUGGCUUCAAAUUGUAGAUUUAUUUUAACUGCAUUCUAUUGAUCGUGAUGAACGGACCAUAUAUGCUCUAAAAUAAUGGGUUUUCCAUUGACUACAUAGUCAUUUUGGCAUAUUGCCGAUUGAAACACUAAAACCCUGGAAACAUCAAUAAUCUUCCUAUACUGCUGAAACCGCUGCUUUGUUGUUUAAGAAAUGGACUCACAGGCUGCCAGUGACGGCAAUAUAUGUCCAGUCCAUUUUGAUAGGGUGGUGCUGCCAAGGAUCAAAUGAUGACUGCCAGCCUGUGCCAGUCGAUAGGAAUUUGCAUCUCGCCGUCAAUGCCCAGAAACAUGAUCAUUCAAUGGCAGCCAUCGCAGUGCAAAUGGAUUUGACAUCAAUUGCUGUCAAUAGCAGUGAACGAGUUGGAAAAUUUAGUCUAAAUCAAUAGGUAGAGUUAAAAAGUUACAAGGCUUGACCAUUUACUGAUAGUUUUUUUUAAAUGCCUCCCUCUGAUUUAUUGGUUGACAUGUUAAUUAGCAAGGUAAAUGGACAGGCAGCACCUUUAAAUGAGAGGGUAACAUUGUUAUGAGCCCAUCAAGGCAGUAUAAUCUUGCUUAAUAAAUUUACAAAAAACGAUUUC